AUGUCCGAUAACCGGAUCAGCCCGCGUGCUCCUGCCUCUCGCACAGACGCCGCAACGUCUGCUCAACCAUCCUCGACCUCUCUGGAAGCUGCUGAUGUGCAGUCUUCUUCUACAAUACGGUCUCCUGGUGUUCCAGAAGUGGAGAUUGUUCGCUCAGAUGGCCGCUCGACGGGCGUUCAGACGAAUCAAGGGCGCAGUUCUGAAAAUGUACGCUCUCCCGUGUCGCCCAUAAACACUUCUAGCGCGAGCGCCAUAACACCCUCUAGCGCCACACGGCCACCCCCACAUUCUAUCCUCCACAAUUCAUCCUCAUCUUCCAACAAAACACCCCAAACUCCAGCAGCCGAUAAUAGCCUCCCCGACGACAGACACAGUAAUGCGUCCUCCCGCAAGACUCGCAGCGUCAGUUUCAAAGACGGCAUUGGAGGGGGUCGACAGCGGGAUAACGAUUCGAAUGCGGCGGGAAAUGUCGAAGAAUGUGCGUAUAUGCUUCUCUACUUUCAUUCUCUUACCGUGUCUAGUCGUUUCUUCUCGACUAAAAAAGUCAAACUCACCGUUUGUCCCUACGUGGAUUGCUUCUCAGAAUCAAAACGCUGUCGCCUCUUCCUCGCGACCACCCGUCCGUCUGGAUCCAGCGCAAGAUUUUUCAACCCAGCCAACGCGCCGUUUGAAGACGAAGAAUUUGAAGCGUUUCGUCCUCGUACUCCAGAAUUACUCUUCGAACCCAGUCUACCUGGCGCCGUACCUCCCGCACUCUCAGAUUCCGCACCAGCAGUCGCAGCUGCAAGCGCCAGUCGCGCAGAUACACGCAAUUCGAAUCCACAGGGAGCUCAACCAGCUAUUCCAAGUGCCGGAUUCCAGAUGGAGACCGUCUCUCCUGCACCCAACGAUCCCCUUGGUCGACCCGCCACGCCAGCAGGCGUCUCAUCGCCUCCGGGAAAGUUUCUAACCGCAGACGCGCACAUUACCUCUGGUAAUCAAGAACGGCGUGCGGAUCAUCGUGGUGAACGUGGUAGGGGUCGUGGGAGGUCAAGUCUCCCCGACGAACCACGUAGACCGACUCGAGAAGAGGAAAUCAAGCCACUCAAGAAUCCUAAUGUGGCGCGUCAUCAUUACCCGCCCAAUCGCCAUGGAAGUCCCAGCCGGGGUCAACGACGGCGUGUACCGAGACGGAGCCCAGAUCGUCCGUUUAAAGUGUAUGAUCCGUACGUGUUUCCCAAGGACCAGAAAAAGAGCCCGAUUCCGCCUCUUCUUGGAGCCGUCAGGUGGGCUAUUACUGCGGCUGAGGAAUGGUUGGGUGGUGACACGAGUGGGAGUGGAGAGGGCGGCUCGGAUGCGAAUACGGGAAGUACGAGUAGUACACUCAACGGCAAAGGCAAGGAACCUAGACAUCCCAAGGGUGACUUGGAGCACGGUCAGGGUGAACCACUGAUCGAUGAAACUGGAGCCCAUCCGCGCAUCAGGUCAACUCGUACUACGAGAAUAGUGCAGUCUACAAGGGCCGCUCGAGGAACGGUUCGGACGUCGGAUGCAGUAGCCGUCGGGACGAUGGAGCCCAACAAGCAACUCGAUAGUAUCCACAACCUCGAGCUGGUUCAAAAGAUUCAUCAAGCGCGGACGUUAGAACUCGAUCUGGAGACGCAGCGGGUUCAGAUUACACGAGAGCGUGCUCGGUUGGAAGAAGAACGCGCAAAGUUUUUGAAGGAAAAGGCCGAAUUUGAACGAUCACGGCCUGUUCCAACACCGAUACAACCGGAACCACUACCAGAAAUACAACCGCGCGAAACGUUGCAGGGGAUUAGCAAAACGUUUCCGGGGGAGUACCCACCGAGUAUCGCUGGGUCGGCACCAGCGGGGCAUGUACCGUCUCGUCCAGGAGAGGUGCGCGGGGCGCUUUCGCCUCCAAAGGCGAGUCCGGAUCAUCGACCUGCAAGCGACCCUGUCUCGCCGACUCAGCGACAAAGUCCGUUUGACUUUAAUGCCAUCAAAGAGCAAUUUGCAAAUGUCCGAGAUGUAGAGGUGGUGGUGGAGAAUACGCUUAGAAAGUAUUUGCGGGAUGUCGUCAUUCAAGUCUACCGUCAUUUUCUCCUUCGGAUGCCAUCUAUGUAUUCGCACAGGGUUGAGCGGGUCAUCGAACAGGCGCACUUGUCAGAGGCCGAAGUUCAUAUCCUCAUCAAAAUUGACAAGGAAAAUGGUCGAAAUAGCGCGGCAGGGAGAAUAUUGGAUACACCCGCGCGCUAUGCGUUGGAAGAUCUUGAAGAGACCAGGCCUCUUAUAGGUCCUGGAAAUUCGCCCUCAAAUUCGCCUUAUCAGCCGUCGAUAUUCAAGUCCCUCGUCGAUAACCCACAGGAUCUAGAGAGUGGGGCCGUUCCCAUCGAUCCAAAUAUUCUCGGUGAUCGUGAUGUCCGCGAUAUUGCCCGCAAGGUCAAGUAUUUCCAGACAGAGUGGGAGACGUUUGUGGACAGCCUCGUGCGGGAAUGGAAGACGCUCAACGUGGUCAAUGCAUUGCUCAUUGGUGCGCUUCUGACCGUCUUCCAAAUCGAAGAAGCGCAAUACGUUCCGUCGACGCGCACUUGCGCCCUCAUUUCACUUUCCACGGCACUUCUCAGUCUUCUCUUUGGGGGGAUCUACAUUAUCCGUUUUGGAACUAUGCGCCCUCUUCGUAAAGCCAUCAUUUGGGUUGAUGAAUCACAGAAGCAGACGCAAACUGCAUUGUGGAAUAUCUGGGUGAUGUUGGCUUUGCCUGGAAUUUGGCUAGGAUACUCGAUCAUGAGUUUUAUCGCUACAAUUCUUUCGUUUGUUUGGACGUCAGGGAAUGGUAAACACGUGAACCCUCCUGAUGCCUCCGAUACUUCUGGUGUCAUUCUAGCACCGAGAAUCAUCAUCUCCAUCAUCUUUGUGAUUGGCGCCAUUUAUUUCAUUGCGGCCUUACGCGUCUUCGCCAAGUGGAAAGGAGUCUCCAUGCGCACAGUUGACCGCCGUCAAACGAGCAGUACCCAUGGGUCCGUAGAUAAUACGCCCGGAACGCAACCAGGGGACCUUCCGCCAGAGAUUCGACCGUUAGACACCAGCGUCCUUGGGGUACCACGCGCAGCAAGCGGUACUCCCUCGGCAUUACGACUCGAACUUACACCUGGAGGAGUCGGAAAGCCAUCGAAUCAACUCAUCCCAACGCUGACUACGACGCCGCCGAUGAUGUCCUCUGUUGAACUUGCCGGGGUGGGCCAGCAACAAGGACCAGUCACAACGAUUGUAACACAACCCACACCGCUGACGGCAGUCGAUCCACUCGCACCAUGGGGUUCACUCGCGGCUCCGAUUGCGCCUUCGCCAGCGUUUCAGCUUAGGGAGCAGACGCACGAGCUUGAUCAGCCGUUGCCAGUCCCCUUGCGUCAAGCGUCUGCACCGACGACCUCUGCAGAGUUUGGCACUCCGCGAAGCACACCACGAGCACUUCCACCACUGGAUCCAUUCCGUGCCCUUACCUCCAUAUCGACGUCGGCAUUGAACCCGAUCAUUAGCACCAUCAAUCCAAUGUCCAAAUCCAACGACCGCCCGACCCCUCAAUACCCACUCAUAUGCUUUACCUACGAGUCGGACAGGAUUCUUCUCCCGCACACCAAGACUCUCGAGGAGACGACCAAGCUCCUUCGCUACUACCUCAAUCUGCCCAAGGAUGAGGAUAUCGAGCUAACCACCAAGUGGUCCAACCACUCCGUCCGGAUAGUUUCGCACGUGUGGCCGUACAUUGGUGGGGCAGUCGAGGAUAUUAAAGUCACCACGUUCGAGAAGAGUCCCUUGUCCCCAUAG